AUGUUUCAUUUCACGACGAUUCUGAUAGGAAUUUCGAGCGUAUUUGUCAACGCACGUGCCGCUUCUGAAGUGGUCCGAGCGCGAGCCUACAUUUAUAAAGCGGAAACCGGAAAGGUUCCAACCCAACUCAUUGGAACGAUCGAUUUUGAGCAAAUCGGCAGCUUCCUCAAGCUCAAUGGCUCAGUAAGCUCAUUGGAGCCCGGCAAGCAUGGAUUCCAUAUUCACGAGAAGGGAGAUAUUGGAAAUGGAUGCAUGAAUACAGGUGCUCAUUACAAUCCGCAUAAGCUGACACAUGGUGCACCGGACGACUCGAAUCGCCAUAUUGGCGAUUUGGGAAACAUCGAGACACCUGCAAAUGGGCGGGACACGCCGAUUGCGGUUUCAGAUUCAUUGGCAUCGCUGAGCGGCCAAUUCGCGAUUGUCGGCAGAGCAGUCGUCAUCCACGAAAAGGUCGAUGAUUUGGGACGCGGAAAUUCGGAUUUGUCGAAAUCCACCGGCAACGCCGGUUCUCGUCUAGCAUGCGGCGUCAUCGGCAUCGUUUCCGAGCAAUACAUCCAAACCACGACCGCCUCACUACCACCAAUCACCCAAUCACAACCAGUCGGCUCAUCAAGUUGCUCCCUUUCCACAUAUCUAGCCCUACUAUUUUUAGCAUUUCGAUAA